UUGAGAUACUCUAUAAAAUAAAAACAAGGAGUUGAACUCUGAGGGGGGAGUCAUUUCAUAAGUAGCACCUGAAAGGAUCAUUCUCACCCUAUGCAAAUUGGAAAAAAUGUUUGUGUGGAGGAGAUUAACUAUCAUCGUUCCACCCUCAAAUACCCCUAUCAUUCAAACUAAUGGUAUGUGUGUGUGUGUGUGUGUGUGUGUGUGUAAGAAGAUUGGGUGGGGGUACUUCUAUAAAUAAGAAAUGAUUUGGUGAUAAUCAGAAUAGUCGAUUUCAAGAAGCUACACAGUCAACAUAAUUACUAAUAUUAUACAUAAUGAUUAAUUCCGAUGAAGCAGAAUACACCGUUUUUACUCUGGAUGAUUUCGCUGCUUUUGAAGCAAAUUCAUUAACCCUAGCCAGUGGAUUCAAGCCAACAAAGAAGCUAUCGGAGUUGGAAAUAGGUCUAAAAUAUAACAUUUAUACUUUGCGAAAGGUUACGACACGGUGGGGUGAUAGAAUCGUAGCAGAUCUUGGCGAAUAUACGGUCUUUUUACCGAUAAGAUACGCAAAGCUGUCCACAGAAAGCAUAUUACUACUUGGAGGAGGCUCUUAUGCUUUAGAGAAAACAUAUCAACAUGGAUCAACGUUUGAGCUGAAAUUUACAAAAAUAUAAAUAAUUUUAUGUUAAUAUAAUUUAUAAGCAUAUAUAUAUAUAUAUAUAUACCUACAUAUAAGAAAAAGAAGCAAAAUUAAAAUUUUUAAAAAUCAAAUUUAUUUCUUUUAUUAAUUUUACAGAAUUUUGUUUUUAUCGAUCCAAGAGUUAUGUUCUGGUGGGAAUCCCAACCAUUUUACAAAAACUUUAUUUCCUUUCGUUUGUAGAACUUUUUCAACUAGAUAUACAUCGCUACAAUCAGAUUUCAGCAGUUCUAGUUCAUAAAAGCCUCCUUGAAUAGGUUUUCCUUGAAAGUCUUCGAGAAGAUAUGUUAUAGGUUUUGUUGCUUGGACUUUUCUUAUUUUAAAAACCUCAGUAGUCCAGUUGGGUGUAUAACCUUUUUCGAAUAUAUGUUUAUACUUGCUAAUUCUUACGUUAUCACCAACUUUAAAUUUACUUUUACUAAACACUUCGUUCUUAUUUUUGAAAAGUUUUAACAUUGACUUUGAAUUUUUCUUGUUUACAUCUGCAGGUUUACAUUUAAUGGUUCGGUGGUAAGAAUGAUUAUAAUCAUAAAGCAAUUUCUUGUAAAUAUUUAUCCACUUAUAGCUACCAUUGAAACUAAAUUCUUUCCACAUUUUUUCCUUAAAGGUUCUAUUAAAUCUUUCAAUAAUUGAAGCCUUUAAUGAGCUGAAUGUAGAAUAGUGAUUAAUUUUAUGUUUUUCCAUCAAACUCUUGAAGUUUGUAUUGAAAAAUUCCUUUCCAUCAUCAGUCUGCAAGUUCUUUGGAAUCCUAGAAGAAAUAGUAAAUAUUUCAUCCAUUCCUUUUGAAAUAGUAAUGCCUUUUUUGUUUUUCAUUGGGACAACCCAAGCGAAUUUUGAAAAAGCAUCGAUAACUGUCAUCAAAUAAUUAAAUCCAUUGUUUUUCUCGCUGUAAGGUAUCAUUUCAACCAGAUCUGCUUGCCACAAGUCAUCAUAUCCCUUUAUGAUAACAUGACGACGUUUAAAAUUUCGCCGUGUAGCCUUAUGUAACUCUUCAACAACCUUUCGCUUACUCAUAUUUAAAAAGAGUGACUUCAUAUAAAUAAAACAAAUCUUUUAUAUAUUUUUUUAUAAAUGUAUGCUUUUAUUCCAAUCUUUUAUAUAAUAACAUCAAUUUCUUAAUUCUAACCAAACGGUUUUCUACCAUAUAGCAGGCGCAAGUAUCGGGUCCUAGCUUACAUUGGUUGAAUGCCCAGCAGCAAUUGGAGUAAUGAUGUCCGUGAAUAGUUUCAGUGUAAUGUACAUUAUCGAAUCUCUUAAGCAGGGUAAUGCAAGUUAAGAUCUCUUCAUAAUGCUCAUCCAGUAAAUUCUUGCGAUGAGUUUUUAAAAAAUCAAAAAUGUUUUUAAUUAUAACUUUUGAGUCCAUUUUUAUAGUUGUUGCUGGUUAAAGUGUUGAAUGCCUACUAACAAUUUUGUACUUUUUGUAAGAGGAAUUAACGUAAAAUGAAAAAUAUUUGAAACACAUACAACAAUAAAACUUUGGAAACUAUUUAAUAUUCUUAAUCAUAGCAUUUGUAUUUGUGAUUUUUAUUUUAAUCAUUGGGGUUUAAAGGGUACUAGAGGAAACAUCAUCUUCAUUAAAUAUUCAAGUUUAUUUUGUAUUUUCUGGUCAAUAUACUUUUGGUCUAUGGAGUCUUUAAGAUUUUUUUGAGAAAUUAAUUGUGAUGCUGUGUUUUCUCGUUCCAUACUUUUUAUUGUUUCCUUUAUCGUAGAGUCUAUAUGGUUUUUUAGCUUAUGAAUUUCCUUAUUAAAAGUGGAUAAAACUUCUAUUAAAGAAGAAUUUAUGUGGUUUAUAAUGCUUGAUUCUUUAAGACUUAUUUGAUCAUCAACAUAUCCUUUACACACGGCUUGGUGGGGGUAUUCAGGAUUACUUCCAACAUUGUUUAAAUAUCUACUUUCUAUAUCAAAAUCACCAGAGGGUAAGAGUUUAAAUCCCAAUCCUGGAGGACCCACAAUACCUCUGGUUUUUGGAGUAGGUUUGAAGUUCCUACCGAACUUGUCGACGUUCAUUGUUCAAAUGUUAAGUUUUCUUUUUUGUAUGAUACUAAUAUAUAAUAUUUGAUUCCUUUAAUUCUUCAAUUAUGGAAGUGAUUUCAUUCUGAUGGUUAUCGUUACCAGCAUUUUUAGAUGCUAUCAAAAGUCGUAGUCUAUCCACAACUUCAUUUGGAUCAUUCCAGUAUACAUAUUCAAUAUCUUUGUUUGUGUAUUUCAUUUCAGUAAUACUAGAAUAGGAUGUUCCUAUUUUUGCAUUAUCAUUUUUAAGUCCAGCGACAAUAGCCUUUAUUAUUUGUGUGUAUUUCACACCUCUGUUACUCUUAAUUCGAGAAGAACUAUCAUGAUUCAUUCUGUAUACAUUAGUUUUUUGGAGGAUUUUCGAAUAUUGUUCUAAGUCAUCCUUAGUAUAUUUUUUCUUACAAGGAUUUUUCUUUAACACCAAUUCAAUGAGACCCGGAGUUCGAGUAAAAAUUUCAUCAUCAAUGAUAAUAUUCUUAUCACUCAUUUUAAAGCUACACUUUCCUAUUUUUACAGAUUGAGUGUUUGCAUCAAAAUAUGGUCCAUAGACCGUAUCACGAUUCGACUCUGACAACAGUUUUUGUUGAUUGAAAGACGAUGAUUUAUUAGGACUAUCGAAAUUUUUCGGUGUACUGAAUAAAAAAGUAUUAUCUGGACUAUUCAAUUCUAAUGAAGGUGAUCCUGCUCGUUCAUGAUCUUCUUCCUCAUCCUUUUCAUUAAAAGAUUUGAAAUGUAGCUUACGACGUUUCGGUGUUUUAAUAUUAUCCUCUUGUUGUGAUUCUUCUUUUUUAAUAUUUCCAACCAAUUUUUUCAACGGCUCAACGAUGGGUUUGAAAGUGUUUUCCAACUCAGUUUCUCGCAUCAUUUUACCAGUUUUUAGUUGAAAAUAUUUAUUUUUUAGCACAUUUCGCGUUUUUAUUAGAUCAUUUAACACACUUUCAUCCAUUUUUAUAGUUCAAAAUAUGAGACAGUAUUUAAAUAUUUAUUUUAUUAUGAUUAUAUAUGAUGGACUAGUAUCUCCAAACAGUGGUGCUGAUGUAAUGUGUUGCUUUCAAAUGAUAAAUGUAUAUUUAUAGUAUUGCAAUUUUGUGAAAACUGUUUUUAUAUCGACCUUUUUCAAUGGUGCUUUCCUUGUCUAUAACCAGAAAACCGAAAUUAUCAGCCCAACACUGAGAACAUAAUUCCUUAAACUGAUUAAAUGUCAUAUCAGAGUUUAUAUGAUCUUUGUAAACAUGCAUCAAAUUCAAUUCAUCUUGUUUGAAAAGAAUAAUAAAAUUAGCAUUGUCUCUAAUUAAAUGUUUUGGUAUAUGGGUAUAGGACUGACAUAAGUAAAAACUAUCAACUCCAUUAUGACGACCCAUGCAAAAAUAAUCUCUUAUGUUAUUUUGUUUCUGGCAUGCAACAUCAUCGAAUAUAAAUAUUGAAUUAUUUUUAGCGUCUGAUGGGGGCAUUAUCUCGGAAUUAUUUGAGAAUUCAUUAUAUUCCAUUCCUUUCACGGAUGUAAUCAGCUUUUUGAGAUACAUAUAUUUUGGUUGAUGUAAGGAUUUAGAAUAAAUAUAAAUAUUUUCAAACUUUAAUCCAUUCGGGUCGAGAAGAAUACUAAGCAUAACAUUUGUUUUUCCACAGUUUGAUGGUCCCACGAUAAUUCCUCGAAUACUGUUUGGGAAUAAUGAACCAUGUUUUUUUUUUAUUUUGACUUUGGAAUCAAAGUUUUUUACUUUAAUAACUUCUGACUGCUUUACGAAGCGCAUAAUGCCGACUGAUAGCUUUUACAAUAAAACAUAGCAUUUUUAUAUGAUUAUAUUCAUAUGUGUUUCAACCUCCAAGUAGGAAGGUAUACAAAUUAUAAUAUGAUUGAGCAUAACGUUCGAAAUCAUACUCAUAAUAAAAGAAAAUCAAUUGAAGGAAAGGGGCUUUUGAAUACGGUUAUAGACAAAUUACCAUUUGAGCUACAUCUUCCUUCAUAUAAUUAUUGUGGCCCCGGAACUAAAUUGGAAAAACGAUUACGUAGAGGAGAUAAGGGGGUUAAUAAACUAGAUGAGGCUUGUCGUUUGCAUGAUAUUGCAUAUUCUAAGAGUAGCUCUGUCUCAGAUCGACACGUUGCUGAUAAAAUUCUAACUGAGCAAGCGUGGAAACGAUUUAAAGCAAACGACUCUUCAACGUCUGAAAAGUUAAGCGGCCUUUUGGUCACCAACAUGAUGAAGGCGAAAACAAAGUUCGGUAUGGGUAAUAAAGAGAAUAAAAAAAAAAAAAACUAUCCGAGCUAGUAAACAAAAGAAGCAGCCUUGUAAGAAAAAUAUUUUUAAAAAGGCCAUAACUGAAGCAAGAAAUGCUAUUAAAAGCAAUAUCAAUUGUUGUGGUACAACAUCUAUGGCAAAUAUUGCUCUGAAAGCUGCAAAAAAUGUUUUUAAAAAUAGAAAACAACAAAAUAUACAAACUCCAAGAAUAAUCCCACUUCCAAAGAGAGGUGGUUUUCUUCCAUUUCUAGCUCCUAUUCUAGCUGGUUUAUCAGCUGUUGGAUCUUUAACAGGUGGAGUUGCCGGAGUUGCAAAAGCACUAAAUGACGUACAUGCUGCUAAAAGAGCUUUUGAAGAAAACAAACGACAUAAUAAGGCUAUGGAGGCAGUCGCUAUUCAAGGGAAGGGGUUAUACUUGAAACCAUAUAAAAAUGGUCUUGGUUUAUUUCUAAACACACCUAAUACAAAAAACUGAUUGAUUUGCUGCCUAAGAGACCCUUAAAUAAUCAUGAUAUUCUACGGUUUGGAAAGAAACAUCUCAAGCACUUUAGAGGAGUUUUUAUGCGAGACUCAUUACCAAAAACCUCUACGGAUCAAGAGUGUGGCGUUAUAAAUUUGGAUAGUGAAGCUGGUAUGGGUACUCAUUGGGUAGCAUAUAUUAGAAAUAAAAAAUAUAAUAUUAUAAAGUAUUUUGAUAGUUUUGGUAAUUUAAGACCACCAACUGAAGUAAUAGACUAUCUUGGUAAUCAAAUAAAUUAUAAUUAUAUUCGAGAACAAGAUUUUGAUACAUUUAUAUGUGGACAUUUAUGCUUAAGAUUUUUAUUAGACCAAUGUUUAAAUGUUUUCAAAAGUUAAAAUAAAAAAUGAAUAAAACCAUGUGAACACAUCAAAACUGUCUCAUUUUUCUUUUAACCAGGAUGUCGCUAACAUUAACAUUAAGUGGGAAUGAAUCAAGUCUCAAUGCAGAAUAUUUUCCACCAAUUGUACUGAAAUCUAAUUAUGUUUGCGGGCUUAUAGAUUUUCAAACAUAUAACUCUAUACCAAAUGUAGAUGAGUUUAAUAAUUUGAUACAUGUGGGCGAUAAUGUUAUCUCGCUUCCUAUUGGUUCAUAUGAGAUAGAAGAUAUAAAUAAUUUCAUACAAACAAAAUUUAAUGAUAUAAACAAAAAAAAAAAAAAUUUAAAAAAAAGUGAAUUUAAAAUCAAGGCCAAUAUAAACACUCUAAAAUGUGAAAUUUUCAGCUCGGAAGAUAUUGACUUCUCUAAACCGAAUUCAAUUGGAUCUCUUUUAGGAUUUAGUAAGAAGCUGCUGAAGGCUAAUAGACAAUAUGAAUCAGAUCUCUUCGUCGAUAUAAAUAGAGUUAAUGCCAUACGCAUUGAAUGUAAUAUUAUAGAUGGAACGUAUAUUAACAAUCAACCUGCGCAUAUUUUACAUGAAUUUGCUGUUAAAGUAAGUCCAGGCUAUAAAAUCAUAGAAGUUCCGAAAAAUGUCAUUUAUUUACCCGUGAACGUCAGACGAAUAACAUCGUUGUGUUUAAAGUUCAUAGAUCAAGACGGUAAAGUUAUAAAUUUUAGAGGAGAGACAUUAACGGCUCGAUUACAUUUACAACCGCAGCCAUGAUUGUAUAUGAAAAUAUAAUUAGCACAAUCCCAUAUAAAAACACCGUCGAAAAUAAUUCAUUACUCAAUCAAGCUUCGAACUCAGCCGCGGUAACACAUAAUCUUACAAAGCAUAAUCAGGAUUUUUUACUCUCAUUGGGGUAUAUCAUAAAAUAUUGAAAAUCAAAAACAAAAUAUAACAAUAUGUUGAACAUUUUCCAAGAGCCCGAAAUCUAUGAAAGUGUUUCUAAAUAUGAAUAUCAUACUUACUCACCAUAUCAAAACAAUUUUGAAAAAAAUGACAUCAUUCAGAUUUGCAUACAACACCAAAAUCUUAAUGUUCUUCCUUCGGAAAGUUUUCUAUAUGUUGAAGGAUCACUAUCGAAGACAGAUGGAAAAGAAAUAGUCAGCACAAGACUUGUAAACAAUGCAAUGGCUUUUCUCUUCGACGAAAUACGUUAUGAGCUGAAUGGAAAGGAAAUUGAUUACAAUCGAAAUGUGGGGAUUACAACAACAAUCAAAAACUAUUUAUCGUUGACAAAAAAUGAGAGUGAUAUGCUUUUAAAUGCUUCAUGGUCUCCUGAUUCAGAUAUUUAUUUGAAACCAUUAUAUUUUAACUACUGCAUUCCAUUGAAUAAGCUUUUGGGUUUUGCUGAAGAUUAUAAAAAAAUUAUUCCCAAUGCUCGUCAUGAUCUAAUUCUAACUCGUUCUAGGAUGGAUGAAAACGCUAUAAUCUCCCCAACUGAUGAAAAUGUACAAGUAAAACUACAUAAGGUACAGUGGAGAGUACCGCACGUGACUUUAUCAGAUUCGAUGAAAUUAAAUCUAUAUAAAUCUAUAAAUGCAAAUAGUUUUAUGAAAAUUGCUUUCCGAAACUGGGACCUCUAUGAGUAUCCUAUGUUAUCAAGCUCUGACCAUCACAUCUGGAACGUUAAAACAACAACGCAAAUAGAAAAACCUCGAUACAUUGUAUUUGCACUACAAACUGCAAAAAAUAAAAAAAUAUCUGCUGAUCCUACAACGUUUGACCAUUGUGAUUUAACAGACUUAAAAGUGUAUUUAAACUCUGAUGUAUAUCCUCAUGAAGAUCUUAAUAUUUCUUUCGAGAGAAAUAGAUAUAGCUUGUUCUACAAAAUGUAUACGGAUUUUCAAAGAACUUACUACAAUAAAACCACCACUGAACCUUUGCUUUCUUGGGAUCUAUUUAAAUCCCGUGCUCCAAUUUUUGUUAUAGACUGCAGACAUCAAAAUGAGGCUUUGAAAACAGGACCUAUCGAUAUACGCUUGGAGAUGAGAACAUCAAAAAACAUUCCUGCAAAUACUUCAGCUUACUGCCUCAUGCUUCAUGAUCGGAUUAUUGAAUACAAUCCACUUGACCAAGUUGUUAACAGAAUUGUCUAAGGAUUGUUAUUAUUUUUUUUUAUGUUUUUCAAUGUAAACCUAAAAAUAAAACCAGAAAAUAUAUAAAUAAAAUACAAUAUUAUAAAAAAAAAAAAAAAAAACAUAUGUUAUUAUUCAAGAUUUGCUCAUUCCAUUUAAUUUACACCACCACUUCAAAAUAAUAUAGGAAUAUCAUAACAUUUGUAAGUUUAUUCAUUUGCUAUUAAGGGUAGGAAAGUAGUCAUAUAGGUAUAGAAUAUGAUCCUAAAUGUCGUAUUACACAUUGCAAAAGGUUUCUUUGGGGUGAAAAGUAUCUAAUGAAAAGAAGUAUGAUGGUAAUAAUGCAUGCUUAUAUCGUAUUGAUUGCUCAUAGUAGAACAAUAAAGUUUUUCCCCGCAUUCAUUCAUGCAGUUAACCUUAUCAUAAAUUUGUAUUGUUGACACUUGGGAUAUCAUCGGUGUACCUAAAUAAGGAAGCAGUUGAAUAAAUUUCUGUAUUGCGGUCAUCAUGAAUGUAUAUUUUAAUUGUCGGCAUCCAUCCCUAUAGAUAAAAUAAUGUGUUGACCUUAUUGACAUACAUUUGUAUUCCGUAAUAAAAAUGACCCCUGGACCAUUUUUCAGGAUUUUAAUGAUAAGGGAUGCUGAUGCUAGCAAAGCAAUAGAUAAAGGAGGUAUAGUCCUAUUAGACAAAUGAAUGAUAUGAUGGUAGUGAGGUAUUAGGAUUUUGUUACACUAAUUAUCACCUCAAUCCAGGAAAAAUCCUAAAGCAGCAGAUAGAGGUGUCAAGUUCUAUUAGUCCGAUGAUUGAUAUGAUGCUAUCGAUGUAUGCGGGUUUUGAUAUCCCAAUGCAAAUAUCAUAAUCGUAAAUUUUAAUUGUUUCCUAUUUGAUUUUGUUGAUCCUAUUUGAUUUUUAUUUCUGAUGACUUUAAACAUCCUUUAAAUUUAUUGAAAGUGUGCUACAAAAAUCAGAGGGUCUCUGAAAAUGUUCGGAUUGUAAUGGUCUGCAUACGAAUACUUAUGUUUUUUUUUUUGUAUAAAUACUUUGAGCAUUAUCAUCAUAAUCAUCAGUUUAAAGUAAACGAGCUAGGAUGACUAACCAGGAGCUGAAAAUUAAACAACAGAUGGAAGAGUGGUUGUCCAAAUAUGGGUGCCAAUGCUGGGAGUUCCAGCUACUUCAGGAUGCCGCUUGGGAGGAGGUUGGUAGUGUGGACACUACCAACAUUCUAAGCCUUGUGACAGUGGCCCACCUGCUGAAUUCAUUGCAGAUGAAAGCAAUGAAAGGGGGGUUUGAUGUAAGCCCCCUACCAGAUAUUAUAGCAUU